AACACUAAAGACAACAUUGUACCAACCACAAGAGAGAGAAUGGGAAAGAGAGGAACUAGUACUACUGUCAAGAGAGAAGAGUUAAACAGAGGAGCUUGGACUGAUCAUGAAGACAAGAUCCUUAGAGAUUACAUCACUACUCAUGGUGAAGGCAAGUGGAGUAUUCUCCCUAACCAAGCUGGGCUGAAGAGGUGUGGCAAAAGCUGUAGACUCAGGUGGAAGAACUACUUAAGACCGGGGAUAAAGCGCGGAAACAUCUCAUCUGAUGAAGAAGAACUCAUAAUCCGUCUUCAUAAUCUUCUCGGAAACAGAUGGUCUUUGAUAGCUGGGAGGCUUCCAGGCCGAACAGACAAUGAAAUAAAGAACCAUUGGAACUCAAACCUACGCAAAAGACUUCCGAAAACUCAAACAAACCAACCGAAACGUACUAAAAAUUCGAUCAAGAACGAGAACAAUGUCUGCGUUAUACGUACAAAGGCGAUUAGGUGCUCAAAGUCUCUUCUCUUCUCGGAUCUAUCUCUUCAGAAACAGACUAGUAUCAUCAGUCCAGUUCUUUUGAAAGAUCAAGAUAUGGAACAAGGCGGUUCGUCUUCCUUGAUGGGAGACCUCGAAUUCGAUUUCGAUAAGAUCCAGUCGGAGUUUCUCUUCCCGGACUUGAUGGAUUUUGAUGGUUUGGACUGUGGAAACGUAACAUCUCUUGUUUCAUCUAAUGAGAUUUUGGGAGAUUUGGUUCCUCAUGGUCAAGGUAAUCUCGAUCUCAAUAGACCUUUCACUUCUUAUCAUCAUCAACAUGGCGACGAUGAAGAUUGGCUCGGAGACUUCAACUGUUGAUCAAUCUUACCGCAAAAGAAAAAAAAAUCUACGAUUAAACGAAUAAUAUACAGACAAAAGUAUAUGUGUACGUACUUGUCUGAACUCUUCUAAUUUUCUAACUUACUAAGUGGGUUUUGUCUUUAAACGAAUAAGUUAUAUAUUACUGCAAAAUACAUACGACUUAUUUAGUUAUGAAAGAUUUUAUUUUGAUUAAUUAGUU